UAUUACAUCUUGUAUACUACUAUACCAUAACUAAAUGAGGUUUCAAUCACCACUUGCGCCGUUCCCACUACGUUGUUUCUAUGACAACUAUCCGUUGUAACUGAUUGGUCCACGCUGGAGUCACCUGACUGAAUGACGCGACGUCACGUUAGGUGCAGGCGUUUAGGGCAAGAUGGCGGCGCCCAUGUUAGUUACCUGUCUGCAGCCACGGGUGUACCAGAGUUUCGUACGAUUCCCAUGGGCGCGUAGUCUGCACAGCUCUGCUUUGAUCUGUGCUGGACAGGAAUGGAGAAUUAAGCACGGUUUUGCUCGCAGUGGUUCAGAAUAUGGUCCCUUGACAGAUCUUCCAGAUUGGAGUUUUGCAGAUGGGCGACCAGCACCACCGUGGAAAGGACAGAGCAGGAGAAAAGAGGAGAACAAAGAACUGGCUAGUCGUAUUGUCAUGCUUAGUAAUGAAAUAGAUCAAGGAAUGAAAAAUUGGGCAGAGAAGCAGGAAAAUCUGAAGCAGCAACAACUCUUGAAGCAGAAGAAUCAACUAAAACCCAAGGCUAUAUUUAAGAAGAGUUCAAAAUCCUAAUAAAUAUUUAUGUCUUUACUAUUUCUUUUCUGUAUUUUUGUUCAUUCAUAAAGGUUAGUGUUUGUUACUUACUAUAUGUGAUAAAGAUUAUGAUAGAGAAGUGGUAAAACUGUGUUUUGUG